AUGCCCAGAAGCCGAAGCAGAUCCAACACCAAUUCCUUCAUCGAUACUACAACUCUUCAAAGAGAUUUAAGUCAUUAUUUAAACUCGUCCAUUUCAACAAACACCAGGGCAACAUAUCGGUCAGGAUAUCUCUCCUUUAAAAUUUUUUGUGAAGCUACAUCUGUACCUACCUUUCCUCUGACAGAAUCAACACUUCAACUGUUUGUGACAUAUUUGGCAAGACGCGUCAAAUUUGCCACUAUUAAAGUCUAUCUUUGUGGGGUUCAGUACGAGAGUGUAAUACGUGGCUUUCACACGAAGAUAGCCCACAUGGGUCGCCUGUACUAUGUUUUGCGUGGCAUUAGAAGAUGUCAUCCAAAUUCUGCUUCUCAGAGACUACCAAUUGCACCAGCUGAUCUGCGUAAAAUGAUAAUGUUUAUAAAAAACUCUAUGUUUUCCAACCACGACAAAGCAAUGUGGACUUGUCUUAUCUUAGUGGCAUUUUUUGGCCUGUUAAGGGUGUCAGAGUAUGUUUGCCCCACCACGUCCACUUUUGAUACAGAAACUCACCUCACACCUGCUGACAUAUCCUUUUCCACGUGUGGUUCAAAUGCUGUAAUUAACCUUAAGUGCUCUAAAACAGAUCCGUUUAGGCUAGGGUGCAAGAUUCGCUUAGCAAAAAUUGGAGGCUCUCUUUGUCCUUACAAAGCCAUUCAAAAUUACCUAGCAUUCAGAGGAACCAAACUAGGGCCCUGGUUCACGUUUAGUGACGGAAAGUUUGUUACCCGGAAGUUUGUUUCUUCAUUUCUUACAAUAAGCUUGCCUAACAAUAUUAACAUUAACACGCAUAGUUUUCGCAUUGGUGGUGCUUUGGCUGCAGCUUCCUGCGGGAUACCCGAUUCUGCUAUUAAGAUUAUUGGACGCUGGAGUAGUGAUUGCUACAGAAGGUAUAUUCACCUGUCAGACAACGCUUUGAAAGAAUGGUCUACUCGCAUAGCAGAGUUAAAUGGACUGACAAAAAUCUGGGACAUUAAAAGACUACAUAUUAGUCAACUCUUAGUUUUCAAUUUGGGGAAAUUUGGGGGUGCUGGGCUUCCUUCGUCAGCCGGCUUAGGUGCAGAUGUCUAUUUUGUCGACAGUGAUAGAUCGGUUGUCAAAAUGUCAAAAGAAGCCAGUGGCCAUAUGGUGCAGGAAAAAGAAGCCCUUGUGCCAACUGUUACGAUAAACACUCACCAUAGUAAGACAUUGUGUCAAGUAUCAUGA